ACCAGUUUUGCAAGUUUUGGUCAAGUUAGCGGUACAUUUUGGCGGGUAUUCACCAGUGUUUUUCAUGCGUUAUAGCUUUAUCGGGAUAUAAAAGCAGUGUCUGCGCGGUUUAUCGCCACUCGAGGCUAAGUUUUUGGCAGCAAAACUAUACAUUGGAUAUGUCGGAUACUGAGCUCGAUACAAGGGAACGUGGGCGAAUUUCACAAAAUAUAGCUUCGGAAGCACCUCCUGGGUUUAGGAAGGAAAUCGUGGAAGAACUCGAAGGAUAUUUUAACUCCAAGUUCACAGAAUUGAAGCGAGACUUCAAAGAAGAUUCCGAAUGGGCAGCAGAAAACGUACGAAAAAAGGUACGAACUGAUAAUUCAUUAUCUUUCAAAAACGUUUCAAAUAGAAAGCAGUAUCUUUUUAAUGCUGAUAUAGCAGAUUUAUUAGACUCGGCUCAGAAAGCUAUUAAUCUUAGAAACGCCAGUAAGGCCACUGAUUUCUUGGAGGAAGCCAAAAGUAAGAUAAAGCAUAGGAAUAAACUUAUCUGUAUAGCAGAUUCUUCAUCGGCAGGCUGGUUAACUAUACAGGAAUAUGAGCAGAACGAAGUCGCUAGCGACUCUGAUGACGAUAAAAAGAUUCGUAGAGCCGAGGAGAGGGCCAAGGCAAAGUUGGAAAAGUCUAAAAAGUUUGAGUCUGAUAAUAGCUCAGCUGGUAAUAGUAACCAGUCUUUUCGUAGCUAUCGGAGAGAACUACAAAGAAAUACAGUGGCGGGACAACAGAAAACCGUUGGCAGUCGAGACAUCGUUUGUUAUGCAUGCGGAGGAGUGGGUCACUUCGCAACCGGCUGCGCCGCCCAUCUCAGGAUGUCCAGUGUCGAGCGACCCUUGGAGUCUGGAACCUCAAGAAGGUCGGCAGUCCCCAUCCUGGACAAUACCAGUGCCAAGCCAGAGACAAAAGAAAAAUGAAGUUUCAGAUUGUCAAUGUAAGGACGAUAAGUAUUGGCUUUUUGCUGAAUCGUCAGAAUUUCUUCCUGAUUUAGAUUUCACUGAAAUAUUUUGUGAGACAAUUGAAAGCUCAUUUUCUGUUUCGGAUCGUUCUGUUAAAAAGAGACUUCAAGCUGCACUUCCGUUUUGGAAAGAUACUAUUCAAGCAAACACUGACAUCUUAUCUGUUAUUGAGCAUGGUUAUACAAUACCUUUCAUU